GCCAAUCUUCCAUAAACUUUAGAGUUAUUCCCCUUAUUUCCAGAAAAGAAAAUUUCUAUUUCACGUUUUUUUAACAUCAAGGCUUCAGUGUUAACAAAGUUGAGAUUACCACAAUGUCAGUGCUAAAAGAAUUGUGUGUGUUAGAAGGGCAUCAAGACAGAGUAUGGAAUUUGGCUUGGAAUCCAUCUGGUACACUGCUUGCGUCCUGUGGGGGGGACAAGACAAUUCGGAUCUGGGGGAAGGAGGAUGAAAGCUGGGUUUGUAAAACCAUCUUGACCGACGGUCAUCAGAGGACAGUCAGAACUGUAGCUUGGUCUCGAUGUGGCAACUACCUAGCUAGUGCUAGUUUUGACGCCACAAGCUGUAUCUGGAGCCGCAAGAGUGGUGAGUUCGACUGCAUCGCGACCCUAGAAGGUCACGAGAAUGAGGUCAAGUCUGUGGGCUGGUCAGUGAGUGGAAACUUCAUCGCUACAUGCAGUCGAGACAAAAGUGUUUGGAUUUGGGAAGUGACGGAUGACGAGGAAUACGAAUGUGCCAGUGUACUCAGCUCCCACACACAAGAUGUUAAAAACAUCACCUGGCACCCACACGAAGACGUUCUUGCCUCCUGCAGCUACGACGACACCAUUAAACUUUUCAGGGAGGACAACGAUGACUGGACGUGUUUCUCCACCCUGGAAUCACACCAGUCUACCGUGUGGUGUGUCUGCUUCGACCGCACCGGUUCAAGACUCGUAUCCUGCAGCGACGACCAAAUCGUGAAGAUUUGGCAGGAAUAUCUCCCUGGAAACGAGGAAGGGGUUCAGACCAAGGGAAACAACCCUGCAUGGAAGUGUGUGUGUACCCUGUCGGGCUAUCACGACAGAACGAUAUAUUAUGUGGAUUGGAGUCACAUCUCCGGAUACAUAGUGACGGCAUCGGCCGAUGAUUGUAUCAGAGUGUUCAAAGAGGAAGAGGGGUGUGAUAAAAACCAGCCGUCGUUUAGCCUGGUUGGCUGUCAGAAUAAGGCUCACAGUCAGGAUGUUAACUGUGCUGUGUGGAAUCCUAAAGAUGCAGGUUUGCUGGCAUCGUGUAGUGAUGACGGAACAAUCAAAGUGUGGCAGCAUUCAGAGUUGUAACAAUCAAGUAAAGAUAUCUUGCUUAAUAUCACGAUCAGAUUUAAGUAGCGUGUCUACUUGUGCAUGUGUGGAUAUGAAAUCGGACAUGUUUUCAAUUCAGUAUCCUCCGGGGAGGGGGGUGGGUGGGCAAGAGCGAGAUGUAGCUCAGUGGCAAAGCAUUCGCUUGAUGCACGGUCGGUCUGGGACCAAUCCCUGUCAGUGGGCCCAUUGGGCUCUUUCUCGUUCCAGCCAGUGCUCCACAACUGGUGUAACAAAGGCUGUGGUAUGUGCUGUCCUGUCUAUGGGAUGGUGCAUAUAAAAGAUCCCUCGCUACUAAUGAAAAACUCAUUGCCACACCCUCCUUUCACCUUGAAAGUGUACACAAAAAAAUGUUGACUUGACCAGGGAUCUGUUUAUCAACAUUUUUAUGCAUUUUAAGAACAGAUGCUGGUAUUAACCCCUUAGCUGUUACUGUAUGGUCUGUCUGUUCGUGAGGAUGCAGAUUAUGUGAGUGGACCAAAAUGCCACUGAAAUAAAAAUGUACAAACU